GAGCAGUGCGCUGAGAGAAGAGGAGGAGAACCUGUUCACCAACUUCACUCCAACUUUCAGUCCGCUCCUCCUGCAGCUCCACACACGCUCUGUCAGAGAGAGGAGGCUUUUAUUUUGUCCUAGUUUCCUCCUCGCUUCACGCCGGCCAUGUCUGGAUCGUACUGUAAAAGUUUGUACCCGUUCACCGGGGAGCAGCACCAGCAGGGACUGAGCUUCGAGGCCGGGGACGUUAUCAAGGUGGUGCAGGCGGUGCCCGGAGGAUGGUGGGAGGGAGAGAAGGAUGGAGCCAGAGGCUGGUUCCCCUCCAGCUAUGUCCAAGUGCUGGAGAGGACGGCAUCCAUGAGUCAGCUUCCUGUGGAGGACCUCAGAGACACGCUGCCUCCUCACUGGAAAUGCUACAUGUCUCCACAAGGGAAGCGAUACUACGUCAACUCCACAAAUAACGAGACGACAUGGGAGAGACCGUCCAGUGUACCUGGUACCCCCAAAGCCUCAAUCCGACACAAGAACUCCCUGCCAGCAGUCAAUGGAUUUCACCCAGGUGGUAGUCCCUUGCAUCAUGGGGAGCAUCCACACAACAGUCUGGUGAGGAAGAGCAGUACAGAGCCACAGAGCCCAGGAUCAACGUCCCCAACCAGGAAACAGAGCAAGGAGACCACGUUCACGAUUAACUGUGUGACGUUCCCAUUGCCUGCAUUCAUGCCCGAACAACAGCUGCUGAAGCCCAACGAGUGGAGCUACUGCGACUACUUCUGGACCGAUAAGAAGGAUCCCCAAGGCAACAGCUGCAUCUCAGGAUUCGAAGUUCUGCUGCAGAAACAGCUGAAGGGGAAACAGAUGCAGAAAGAGAUGGCCGAGUUCAUACGAGAAAGGAUAAAGAUAGAAGAGGAGUACGCCAAGAAUCUCUCCAAGCUCUCCCAGAUCCCUCUCGCUGGCCAGGAGGAAGGGACUCUGGGGGAGGCCUGGGCCCAGCUGAAGAAGAGCCUCACAGACGAAGCUGAAGUUCACCUAAAGUUCUCCUCGAAGCUCCAGAGUGAAGUGGAGAAGCCUCUGCUGAGCUUCAGGGAGAACUUCAAGAAGGACAUGAAGAGGUUCGACCACCACAUCGCAGACCUACGGAAGCAGCUGGUUGGUCGCUACGCGUCAGUGGAGAAGGCCCGCAGAGCUCUGGCUGACCGACAGAAGGAGCUGGAGUUGAAGACUCAGCAGCUGGAGAUCAAACUCAGCAGCAAGAUCGAAGAGGAUAUCAAGAAGGCCCGCAGGAAAUCCACACAAGCAGGAGACGAUCUGAUGCGCUGUGUCGACCUUUACAACCAGUCUCAGUCCAAAUGGUUUGAGGAGAUGGUCACAACGAGCCUGGAGCUGGAGCGGCUGGAGGUGGAGCGGAUGGAGAUGAUCCGACAGCACCUGUGUCAGUACACCACGCUCCGACACGAGACGGACAUGUUCAACCAAAGUACGAUGGAGCCGGUGGACCAGCUCCUGCAGAAUGUGGACCCAGCCAGGGACAGAGAGCUGUGGGUGCGGGAGAAUAAGACUGGAGAAAUCAGGCCCGUGGACAUAGAGAUCUGAUCUCAGUGCAGUCUGAUGACUCUGCAUAUGCACACUUUUUACCCAAGAGCCCAGGAAGACACACUGACCAGGAGCCUACAGGCCUGAGGACUGACUGGGAGAGGAAAUCUGUGCUGGGAUCAGUCUCCCCCUCCACUGAUGGUGUGACUCCUAACGGACUGAGGGAUGAGCUGCCCUCACAGCGACCUGCUGAGGAUGAUUGUCAGUGUUUAGGCGAUGUAGUGAGAACUCUAAGGGAUGAAUGAAGCUGUCUAAUGGGUCGUAACUUUCUCUUAUGUAAGCUGAUGCCUCUCUAAAACAAAGGAAACACAGGAAAAUGGGAGCUGUGAGAGUGGAUUCUUUCCUGAAGGACGCUGUGCUGGGUUGAAUGAUGAAGCAGCAGCAGCAACAGUGAACAUUUAACAUGUGCAAACAGCUUUAUGUCACGCAGCAGUGUAAUGCUGCCAUGUGUAUUUGCUUUCGUUCUGCGAGGUCAUCCUCUGGGUCCCAUGUGACUUCAGGACUGCAAAGUUGUUGGUAAACAGGAUUUACGAAUGCUGCUAAGCCUAGCGUUAUAUAUCCAUGUGCACCAGAAUGAGGCAAAAGUAUUUUUAUUUUAACAUCAAUCAUAUGCAAGUGCUGACCAUUCGCUAAACUCUUACCUACUGUUGCUACGCCUGUCAAGCCGGUCACAUAUGCAGUUUACAAAAAGGUGAUGGUGUCAGAUCUACCAUUCGGACAUUAGAAGUCAUUUUGGAAAUAUACGAUUUUUUGAUUUUAUUGGCUAUAAUUGGCUUGAUUAAGCUAAUUAUUGCCAAUAAAGUAAAUAAGAAACAGCAUUGUUUGUGUUGUGGUAGCCCGAGUUUUAUACAGCAUUUGAGUUAUUUAAUUAAAUGUAAUUCAAAUUCUAUUCAUUCUAACUCCCCUGAUGUUGUUUUGAAUAUAUAGAAAAAAUGUUACUUGGGAACUUGAUGGUGAAUGGGAAUUUGUCUCCAGAGGAUUCAAUUUGGAGCUCAUCGGUCGAGGGUGAAGAUAAACGAAAAUAUGGUAACAUACCUCCACAAAUAAUCAGGCUAGAGAUACAAUAGAAAUAUUAUAUUCUUGAGUUGUGACGACAUAAAGAAGUCAGAAAAAUACA